UCCAACCCCAUAAUCGUACAAUACAUAUGUCACCAGAACUUUCAUAUCCUUCGUUUGGGUCCAAGUCCAGGGCAACAACAACAACAUAUAUUCAGGGAGAAGGAAGUUAAUUUUUUAUCUAUUCCAACACCACAAUUGGUACAUGCCUUGCUCCUUAGAGCUCAAAAUAUCAUUCCUUUUGCAGCAAUGCACCUUCAAGCAAUUGAGACAGAUACAUGCCUACAUUAUCACAACAUCCCUGAACCAAAACACCCGAAUUCAAUUGAAGUUUCUCCGACGAACCACCGAAUUUGGUGGAAUGGAUUAUUCACAUUUCGUAUUUACUCAAAUGGAUAGUAAAUGUAACACAAAUAUCACCCUUUGGAAUGCCAUGAUUAGAGGCUAUGCUUACAAUGGUCCAUCUGAGAAGUGCUUAUCGAUGUAUGAUGAAAUGCCUCACAGAGGACUCAAACCCAAUAAUUUUACAUACCCAUAUGUCCUAAAUUCGUGCUCUGAGUUGGGUUGGUUUAGAAUAGGAAGGAAAGUGCAAUGCCAAAUAGUGAAGACUGGUUUUGAGUGUGUUCUUGCGGUUGCCACUGCACUUUUUAAUCUUUAUGUAAAGAUGGUUGAUUCUUUUGGAGUGAGUCUUGCCAAAAGCGGAAGCAUAAAUGAUCUUAGGAAGAUAUUUAACGAUAUAUAUUUUAAGCCAAUAGAGUUAUGGAAUAAAAUGAUUUCCGAGUAUGCAAGUGUUAGUGAUGUCGUGUCUGCGGUACAGUUGUUCGAUGAUAUGUGUGAAAGAGAUGUUGUUUCUUGGAAUUCAAUGAUCUCGGGUUAUGCCUGGGUUGGCGAUAUAGCAAAUGCAAGAAAUUUUUUUGAGAGGAUGCCGGGAAAGGAUGUAGUGUCUUGGACUACCAUGAUUGGGGUAUAUGCCAGUUGUGGAGACCUUGAGACAGCAAGAAAUUUUUUUGAGAAAAUGCCGGAGAGGAAUGCAGUUUCUUGGAAUUCUAUGAUUUCAAGUUACACCCAGAAUGGGAAUUUUGAAGAAGCAUUGACUCUUUUCGCACAAAUGCAAUUGGAUGAUGUGGGUGCAGAUGGGUUCACCUUUGUUUCAGCUCUGUCAGCUUGUUCCCACUUGGGUGCCCUAGAGUUUGGAAAAUGGGUACACUCUCUAAUCAAAGAUUGGCCUAAAUUGGCAGUUACAGUAGGAACUGCCGUCACAGAAAUGUAUGCCAAAUGUGGAGAUGUUACUAGAGCUUUUACAACUUUUAUUAAAAUUGGAAAUAAGGAUGUGUUUUGUUAUAAUGUUAUGAUCAAAUCACUAGCUAUCCAUGGAAGAACAGAAGAUGCUGUCAAAAUUUUCUGUUUGAUGCAGAAGAGAGGACUGCAGCCAAAUGACUUCACGUUUAAUAGCGUUUUGUUCGCUUGUAGUCAUGGUGGUUUGGUAGAAGAAGGUCGAAAGAUAUUUUAUAGCAUGGAGAGAGCUUUUGGGGUUAGUCCAAAGCUUGAACAUUAUGGUUGUUUGAUUGAUUUACUCUGCCGAAAUGGAAAGCUGGAGGAAGCAGAUUCUACAGUGAAAGCUAUGCCAUUCGAGCCUGAUGUUGCUAUUUGGGGAGCUUUACUGGGUGGUUGCAGGGUAAGAGGUGAUCUCAAGUUGGCGGAGCACAUAACAGAAAGGGCCUCUGAGUUGAAAGCAAAUGAAUCUGGAGUUUAUGUUCUCCUGUCCAACAUGCACGCUUCAGUUGGUCAGUGGCCAGAGGCCUUGCAUACUAGAAAUAAGAUGGAAGAGAAGCGCAUAUAUAAGAGAACAGGGGGGACUGUCAUUUUAUGA